AUGGUAAACUUUCCAUAUGAAAAAUUGUGUAAAAAAUCAGUUUGGAUGGAGAGCACAAGAAUAGCAGCACAACGAGAUAAAUAUUUAAUUACAAUUAAACUACACCGUGAUAAUGGUUGUAAUAUAUUUUAUACUGAUGAAACUUGGUGCGGCGUAAAUCAUAGUAGAAAAUUCGGAUGGAUUGAAAAUUUUGUUAUUCAAGAGAAUAAUAAUUUUGAUUAUUAUGGAGAUCAUGUUCAACAAGUUUUUGGACAACGUAGUGGAUUUUUUACACCUUCUGGAGCCGGGAAACGUGUUAUAAUUUUACACAUUGGUGGAAAAUUUGGUUUUGAUGAUGGUGGCUUAAAGUGUUUUGUCGGUAAAAAAGGCACAGCUGAUUAUCACGAUGAGAUGAAUGCAAAACAUAAGGAGUGGUUUCGAUAUGUAUUGACUGUGCUUCCAAGUAAAUCUGUUAUUGUAUUGGAUCAAGCUCCUUAUAAUACAAUGCUCGAUCCGGAAUUUCGGAAUCCGACUAAUCAGUGGUUAAAAUCAAAAAUAGUUGAGUGGCUAAUUAAGCGCGAAGUAAAUGUUCCUGAAAUAGCACAAAGUUUAAAUAAAUUGUCAAAACAAUCACUUCUUGAGAUUGCAAGACCUUAUCAUUUUCCUAAACAAUAUUUACUUGAAAAAAUUGUAAAUGAAAUUCGUAGCAGUGACGUUAAAUUAUUGUGGUUGCCUGUUGCCCAUUGUGAAUAUAAUCCUAUAGAACUUAUAUGGGCUUAUACAAAAAAUUAUGUUACAAAACAUUUCACGUUAACGACGUUCAAAAAUUAUGUAUUGAAGCAAUGA